AUGAUUAAUGAACACUUACUGGAAUAUAGAGACAGAAGGGAGGGCCAAGAAAUCCAUGACAUAUGCCUAGCAGCCAUAAUCAUUGCAAUAAUUGUUGUACUACUCACUCCUGGUGUCAUCUGCUUUAUAUUAUGGAUAAAGGGAAGUCGGAGAAAAUCACUUUCAGAAGAGGAACGUCCCUUAACAGAUAUUCUAGAUUUCGAAGACACAUCAUUACGCAUACAGACAGUACUUCUUGGUGAGGCCGUUUGUAUGAGAAGUACAGUUGUUUCUCUAGAAAAGGCAACAGCAUUCAUUGGCGAUAAUGUAAAUCUAAAAUGGACAUAUAAAAGUCCCCAGAUGAAGCAAUUCAAAGAUAUAAGUGAAGAUCCAGAACGUGUAACGUGUUGCACAACACUACCAAACCCUAAGUUAAUGAUAAGAAGAGCUUAUAAAAGAGAUGAGGGCGAAUACAAACUUACUCUAAAUGAAAAUAAAGAGGAGAUUUUCAAAUUGGAGGUCUUGGGAUGUGAGUGUUUUACUUUACUUACACAACACAAUUUUAAAUAG